AUUGUGAGUGAUAAUUGAAAGUUAUGUAGGCCGGCGGUGGUGGUGGUGGAGCUGCCAAAAUGCCACAGCUGCUAGCGAUGACAGCUUCCAUGCAUUACGCGCCGUCCGGUCUCCCCGCGCGGAGGCUCAUAGGUUUGAUAUUGUGGUGUUUGAUUGUAAAAUUCGGAAACUCUACAUACUUUUUUGCUUGUUUACGGUUUAAUAAAUUCUGAAGCACCCUAUGCAUAAUGAUCGCAUAGAAAUCCGGUGGAAGGAAUAACCAGUGUUUUUUUUUUUUUUUAAUUGCUUUUAUUUUCGUAUAGCGGCAUGGAUAAUUUAAAAUCGUAUGGAUACAUGGUGGGUUUUGAUAAAUUGUAUUUCGUCCUUGAUGCUGAAAGGGGUUAUUGGUUUCAUUUUUGUGAUUCUUUCUGUAUAUCAAGCUUCCCAUUACUAGGAUCUAAUUGAAGUAAAACUUAUGUGUCACUGAUGAAAAUAAAACUGCAAUUAUUGAUAUACUUGAGGCCUCUGUUGUGACAUAAAUGGGAAUUGUUUCAGCUGAGUUCCCCAGAAAUAUUUUCCACUCAGAGUAGGUAACAGUAACACUUUGGGAUGAUGGUGCCUGGUUAAGCAUAUUAGGGAUUUUCUUGAUUUUGUGUUGACAUGGAAGCCGUGCUGAUUCCCAGUUCUUUCUGUAGUUCUUGGGAUGUGUAGUGUGUUUUUUUGUUAUCGAGUUUUUCAUCUGAUGAUGCUUUCUGCUGUCAUACUCCACAUUUCAUCUUCAGUUUGCAUAUUUCAAUUUAGAAUUUGUCAGUCCUGUAAUUCUAAAAUUUUCAGCACAUAGAACCCCUCAUAUCUGUAGCAGAUUCUCAUUCUAGCCUCAUCACGGGCUCAGUGAGGCUUUCACUUACAUGUUGGUUAUUAAUAUGCUGUAAGAUGUAGUUUAGCGUAAUGAUUUGAUAAAAUGUGUGCAGAGACAUUGAAUAGAGGAUUUUCCAAUGGAGAGUAAGUGUGGAAACUUGUCCCAAGAUGCCAAAUGAAAGAAAAUGCUAUAUAGAAGUAACCAUAUAAUUGUCUUAAUAUGCUUGGUUAUAGCUAGCUCUAUAUCGAAAUUGUGAAUUUUGGUGAUAUGAACUUGCAUCUGUCCAUGAGUUUGAAAACAACAGUUGCAAGUGAACCAGUAAUAACAACCAAAUCGUUUACUUUUUACAUGAAAAAAAAUUCAAUUUUAGUUAAUGGCAUUAUCUUUUGUUGCUGUCAUAUCUGAUUGCUUUCAAACAAGCUGUGGAUUGCAAGUAUUUCUGGGAUGUUGUAUUCAUUAGAGCUACAUCUCUCUCUCUCUAAUUUGGAACUAUUGAUUGGUGUUUGGUUCUUUUUCCUAUUCAGUUUCUUCUUAUUUUGCAACAUUAACUAUAUUGAGGUUCCUUGAAUAAAUGUGGCUGAGUUGGCUAAAGGAGGUGCGCGAAGAAUAUUUUAUCGAAGGGGCAAAGUUGUCUUCUUGCUUCAAAAUUCUGUACACAUAGGGUUAGGGUUUCCUCUUUAGCUGCGGCGUCUCUUCCAUCCUUUGGAACAAGCCGAAUGACAAACAAGGGAGUGGAUCUCAUGUUGCAGAUGAAGUAAGGUUCCAAUCUGAAAACCCAUAGAAUAGUGUCAAUAAAAGUUGUUUCUUGGGUCUAUUAGUAAAGCCAAUUGUGGUGCCAUGGAUGAUAUGAGUGAAAAGGAGCCUCUUGACUCUAAUUUAACGUUAAAUCGUAGCGAAAGAUCAUUCCAAUUUGAUGUGGAAAGUGAUCCACCAAAUAAACGAGCAAAGAAGGCCAUUGAAAAAGUGCUUUACAAGACAAGACCGUGUUUCCAAUUCCGUGCUGGCUCUUGUCCAUUCGCUGAAAAUUGUGAAUUUGCUCAUAGUAUGGAGGAACUUAGGGAACUGCCUCAUAGUCACAAGGAAGAACCGAUGCGCUUAUCAGAGCAGCCAAGGGAGGUAUCUCAGAUACCAGUUGUGGGUUUAAAUGAAGUUAAACAUAGACGUAGUCCGAGGCAGCACUGCAAGGGUUUUUUGUCUACGGCUGGUUGCCAGAAUGGUGAGAAAUGCCUUCUCAUUCACAAUGAGCAUUAUAUGGAAAGAAAAUCUGCAGCAAUAUGUGUGCUUCCUGGCUCUGGUGGUGGAUUUAAGAGCAAUGGAAGUACUUCAAAUUGGAAAGCAAGGCUUUGUACCAAGUGGGACUUAACAGGGAUGUGUGGUUAUGGAAAGAACUGCAUUUUUGCUCAUGGAUUAGCAGAGCUGCAGCAAUACCGUGGACGGCAAGUGAAGAAAAAAGAUAGUGGUUCUUCAGCCUUGGGUGCCAAUCAGGUGGCGUCAGUACCAGCUAAAGCUUCUGUGGGUCAUGUUCCUUACUCAUAUCAUAUUGGAGCUCCACCAAGAAGGCUGUCUGGUGAGGUACCGAGGACUGGAGAGGUAGCUAUCCGGAACUGGAAAGGCCCGGACAAAAUUAGCAAAAUUUAUGGAGACUGGAUUGAUGACCUCAAGUAGGCUUCCCAGUCAGGCAAGCUCGACAUUGAAGGUGAUUCGUGCAACCGGAUUGUUUUUCAUGCUGAAGUCGAGGCUUUUAGUUUGAAUUGUUAUGUUAUUGUCUUAAAAUAAAUCCCUUUUAAACAUUGAGGGAAUGCACUACAAACUACAGUGGUCGCGGCUUUGGAUUAACGUAUUUGAUUGUUCAA